AUGAAGGAGCAACUCCCACACUUGACACCCGUCGACCUUGGUAGCAUGGGAUACCAGGGUGAAGAGUCGCUGUAUGUUAGCAGACAUGUUCUCCAGCAGGCGCUGGACGCCGAGGGUUUGAACUUGGACUAUUACAGAGGCUAUAACCUGACGCACCACAACCCCAAGCAGUACUUCGACAGCAUCGACUCGAUAGACUCGAGAGAUUUGUUCCCUUGUGAGAACACCGAUUUCUACAGGUCGGAGUUUAUGGCAUCCUACGCCAGAUGGACAGGUGAUGCUGCAGGAGUUCAAGCGCAAGCGAAUGGCGAUUACGUCGCCCAUUGUUAUGCAGGCAAGUGGUGGAUGUCGCCGCAGUGCCGCAGUGACACGUUGGCAUGCAUCCCAGUCAUUACCGCAGGUGGUGGUGGGUGGAAGCUCCAGGCUUUGAUGCACUGGUCGACGACUUAUGGCAUUCCGGCUGCCAUCGCCGUGGCCAACUCCUUUAGCAAGUACGUUUCGAUUGUUGAAACCACGCGCAGCCUGUUUUACUGGUGGGUGCCGGACGCAACAUUCGUCGCGCUUCAGCCGCACCACAUCACCUUCCCACCAUAUUCCGCUCAGGAGUGGCUUCAUGGCAACAUGAGGACGGCAGCAAGUGGAACCUACAUCAGCAAAGCAGUCAGCAGCAAUUUUGCAAACCAGGCGCUAAGAGUCAGAAACUUCAUUGCAAACAUGAACUUCGAACUCGCCGAGCUAAUGAAAUUGCUGCUGGCCAUCGCUUCUGGAACACCACGUUAUGAUGUUGCAUGCCAGUGGGUGCGUGACAACAAGCAGCGGUGGCAAGACUGGCUUCCGAUCGAAACCAACUGCAUCACUGGCUUCGGUUUAGCUGAUGGCACAGGUACCUUUGUGACCAACAGGGUAAAUGCGACAAGCUGCGAAGUGUGCACCCCAGGAAGGUUCUCGCAGGAGUACCUGGACAACACAGGAGCCACCCGCCGCUGUGUCCACUGUGCCCCAGGAACUUCUCAGGAAAAGAGCGCAGAGACCGGCUGCACGCCGUGCCCAGCUGGGGGCUACACAGACAGUCAUGGCAGGGAGACCUGCGACGUGUGCGAUCAAGGAUCCUACCAAGCCUUGGAGGGUCAGACAGGCUGUACCAGUUGCGACGAAGUCCGCACUACGCGGCUUCUUGCUGCGAGCAGGCUGGAAGACUGCGUAUGCAGAGAAGGCUUGAUCGAAAAGUCGGGGCUUUGUGUGAGCUGCGGCGAGGGCUUGUCUUGCCCUGUGGGAAGCACCGUGGAGCGACUAGCAAACGGCAGCAGUGAGGAACGGCCGCAGGUGCUGCCGAUGUACUUCAGCAGCAUGGAAGCACCCUUGGAGAUCUACCGCUGUCAGUCGCAUUGCCCUGGAGGAUCUCCAGGCAGUUGUGACGCAGGCCGCGUUGGCCGCACCUGCAGCGAGUGUCCAGAGAAUCACUACAGUGCAGGAAACCAGUGCGUCGAGUGUGGUGUAGCACUGCCAGCUCUUUGGAUUCUGGGCAUCGGCAUUUUGCUUUGUGGCAUCUUCAGCUCCUACUACCUCCUCGCAUCAGACUACACAGCCAAAGCCAGUAUGCUGACUUGUGCCACGUGCAGCUUGGGUAUGAUGGUCUCCCUUUUCCAAAACUUGGGUGUGAUACAGACUGCGUCAGUGCCCUUUCCAAGUCGUCUCCAGGUCUUUCUUGGUGUCAGCCAGAUCUUCCUCUUGGACUUACACAGCCUUGGCUUCAGCUGUGCUGUUGGCGGCCCCGUGCAGCGAUUCGCUGGCACCUGCGCCUUUUUCUUCGCAGUGGUCUCCGGUCUUGCAGCAGCAGCAUUGCUCACCAACCUGCUCCUUCCCCGCCGGCUUUCAUGGCUGGCCUGGCAGAAGUACAAGACGAUGAGCACGAUUGGUCAGUUCUGCCAGGUGAGCUUCACAACGAUGACGAACGUAGGCUUGGUUCCCUUCAUGUGUUAUCGCCAUCCCGCAGGCGUCCAGAGCGUGCUGAAGUACAGCGAUGUCUUCUGUUUCUCGACCGAGCACACCCUCAUGCAGUGCUUUGGCAUAGCCAUCUUGGCCUUGAGUGGCGCCUUCCUAACCUCUUGCUUCUAUUUCGCCUGGAAAGCGCCUUCGUGGUCUGGCAAGGCUAUCCAAGGAGGUGUCCGCUUCCUCAUCUUCCGCUUCCGACCCAAUGUUUGGUGGUUUGGCCUUGUUCUGAUCGCGCGUGGCCCGCUCCUUUCCAUGCCUGCCGUCGCGGCCCCGAACAUGCCUGCGGUGCAGUCCGUUUGCCUGCUGGGCAUUCUACUUCUGUCCCUGCAGCUUCAGGUCUGGUACCUGCCAUGGAAGGCUCCGGUACUGAACGUCGUGGACGGUGUCACCAACUUGCUCCUUGUGAUGCUCCUGGCAGUUGGCUUGGGUCGGCUUGGCUCAGACCCAGAAGGUGGGCCGGCAGUCCUCGACAGCAUGGCAUCCGCCAUUUAUGUGAUGAUGAUGCUGACUGUGCUCGGGCUCAUGUUCCUGCUCGGCGUCACUGCCCUUUUCUGCAAGAGAAUCGGCGGCACUGAUCAGCCGUGGGUCAUGAAUCUGGGCCAGCCGCCAGCAUCUAAAGAAUUGUGCAAUAACCUGGCGGGCUUCCUUCACAACCAGAAAGACAUCCAGGAUGACCGGGUGCAACAAGUGUUGGAAGCGUUGUGCAUCUAUGAUUACUACGAUGUCAAUGCCACAAUCGUCCUCCUCAGCACGGAGCUAGGCUUCGGCAGCAAGCUCAUCAGGAGCCGCAUUGCCAGUCAAGGAUCUUGUGCUCCGCCGCCUGGAGGAAGCGCGACACAGCAAACGGCUGCCAAGGCAGAAAACGUUGACGAGGAAGAGGCCUCAAACGCAAGCACCGCGCAUGAUUGUCAGGCUUCGGAACCGAAGAUGGAGCUCCUCGAAGGUGAGACAGACCCUGAUACGAUAGCAUUCUGA